AAAAUAUGAAAAGGAGCAUGUAAUACCAAAAAAUAUAUUGCAUAAUCACGUGUUUAUAGAUUUUUAAGCAACUUCUCCAAUUUUUUUUUUACUUCUUGAAGAUGUCUGCUCAAGAUCAGAUUUCAACAAACACGAAGCCCGAAAAACAAACUGGUGCAAUUUAUACUAUUAGUUUAACCCCUGAACAGGUUAAGCGUAUAGAAGAGAAUCGACUUAAAGCUCAAGCGAAAUUAAGGGAAAAACAGAAACGAGAUCAGCAAAAUAAUUUAACUAGCACUGAACAAAAAGGAAUUAUUUCAAAUAAUGGAAAUAUUAAUGAAACAAAAGGGUUACGUCCUAUGAAAAAGUUCCAAAAUUAUGUGGAAUAUGAUUUCUCAAAAAUGAAAGAUACUCGUGGAGGUUUUCUAUCAGAACAACAAGAUGAAACCCCUAAAAAGAGAAAAUGGGAACCUCCUGAACCCGAAUUUGAAGCUUUAGAACCAUCCAUGAGUAUUGAUCCAGCUGAAAAUCAAAAAUGCAAAGAAUGUAAUUCAGUAGAAUUAGAUAACCUGUUUCGUAAGACUUUCAAAGUCAAUGUAUGUAAGAAUUGUAAGGAAAAAUAUCCUGAAAAAUAUAGUUUAAUAACCAAGUCCGAGGCGAAGGAGGAUUAUUUAUUAACAGAUCCUGAAUUGAGAGAUGUAGAGAUUUUACCACAUUUGUCUAAACCAAAUCCACAUAAAGCAACCUGGAAUAAUAUGAUGUUGUACCUUAGAGAACAGGUUGAAGAAUUCGCAUUCAAAAAAUGGGGAGGCGAAGAAGGGUUAGACGAAGAAUAUGAAAGGAGGGUAAGUCUCAAAAAGAAGAAAAAGGACAAGAAAUUCAAAUCAAAACUUGCAGACCUUCGAAAACGUACUAGGACUGACGUUUUAACUGUACAAAAGAAUCACAAACAUGAAUUUGGAGAGACUGAAGAAGAUCCAGAAACUGGAGUAACAACUCAAAGCUGCGAAAUUUGUGGAAUGCAAAUUGAAGUUGAUAUUCUUUAAAGACAAAUGAAAUAGUUGUGCAAGUUAAUUUUCACCUUAUUUUAAAUCAAACUCGUAGUAAUGUAAUAUAUAUAAUAAUCAUUUGGCUUAAAAAGGAACCAAUUAACGGUAACAGAAACUCGUGGAAUAAAUAGAAUAUUAAUCUUCAUCUGAAAUUUCAUCAUCAUCACUUAAGGCAGCAAUUGCAGGAUUUUUAAUUAUUUUUUGUGUAGAAGAAUCUUUGUCCACAGUCUUUUUAUUAGAUCCCUCAAUAGCACCAACAGAAAUUAGAUAAUUUUCAAGAACUUUAAUAUCAAAAUAAUGUUAACUUAAUUAAUAUCAACAAGAAAUUUAGAUUGAAAGGAAAUAAAAAAUACCUUGAAGUGUCAUAUUCAUUCCG